AUCCCCCUUUGUUACUCCCAUGUUUUGUUGUGUUUUGCCCCACAAGUUGGUCCGAAGAAUUUCAUAAAAUGAUAAACUACUAGACCCGCCAGAGACAUCACAGCACAUGCCGCAGUCUGCCGCAAGUUCGUGCCGCAGACGCACGUCCUUGGAAUUCUGCAUACCUGGCGCUAUUGAUCGGAACCACCUGUUGGGGCAGAACACUCCCACUCGUCAAAACAAAAUACUCAGCCACGUAGUCUUUAGUCAGUCGGUUCAAUAUGCUUCAACGAGCCACAAGAAUUUGGACGCUGUGCGUGCAGACAGCUUUAAUAGCCACCUUGGUCAGGAGUUCCAUGCAGCAGAAAGAUAAUCUUGUGGGGCGCUCUCAGAUAUCGUACAAUCCCAGCGAGCUCUCGGAAUCCCGCUUUUUGGAAUACAGCAAUCUUUCCGAUAAACUGCAUUUAAGAGAGGCCAUCGAAAAAAUCUUAAUACCCCGAGUUGUGGGCUCGGGAAACCAUACUAUUGUACGAAGGUAUAUAAGCCAGACCUUGAGCGAUUUGGGCUGGGAUGUGGAGGUGGACAGUUUCCAUGAUGAAGCUCCCAUCAAAGGAAAAUUGCAUUUUCACAACAUCAUUGCCACCCUAAACCCAAAAGCCGAGCGAUUUUUAGUGCUCGCUUGCCAUUACGAUAGCAAGUACAUGCCGGGUGUGGAAUUCCUAGGGGCCACCGAUUCUGCAGUGCCCUGUGCCAUGCUCCUUAACCUGGCCCAGGUGCUCCAGGAGCAACUGAAGCCACUCAAAAAAAGCAAACUGAGUUUGAUGCUCCUAUUCUUUGAUGGAGAGGAGGCCUUCGAGGAAUGGGGACCCAAGGAUUCCAUUUACGGAGCCCGACAUCUGGCCAAAAGGUGGCACAACGAAAAAAAACUGGAUAGAAUAGAUAUGUUGGUGCUACUGGAUCUUUUAGGAGCCCCCGAUCCCGCUUUCUACAGCUUCUUCGAGAACACGGAAUCCUGGUACAUGCGUCUGCAGUCCGUUGAGGCUCGACUGGCCAAGUUGGAACUCCUGGAGCGCUACGCCAGCAGUGGAGUUUCCCACCGCUAUCCCACGCGCUACUUUCAGUCACAGACCAUGCGAUCCUCCUUCAUUGAGGACGAUCACAUACCCUUCCUGAAACGGAAUGUGCCGGUGUUGCACCUUAUUCCGGUGCCAUUUCCUAGUGUCUGGCAUACGCCGGAUGAUAACGCCAGUGUGAUCGAUUAUGCGACGACGGACAACCUGGCACUGAUUAUUCGGCUUUUCGCUUUGGAGUACCUGCUGGGCGGAGGGGAGGACAAGUAGUCAAGUCAUGCCCCUUGGUGACUCACAAAUGUUGUAUCUAAUUACGCCUUAUCUAACUGACCUGUUCGAUAUCCAGACGCUGUUAAAUGUUCUUAUACCCGCCGUGGAACCCUUGUUAACUGACUGUGUGCUUCAAAACUACUUAAGCAGAUCUGAAAAACACGGAAACCAAAUAUUUUUAUACCCAUGUAUGUAUAGUUCAAAGAAAAGAUUGUUCAGCUAAUGACACGUCAAAUUGAUAUAUUUUUUGUAAUCUUUCGGUUGUCAAUAUUUAAGACUUAUAUAGUACAACAUAUACAUAGUAAAUGUAACUUAAAACAAA